AUGGCAGUAAAACCAUUCAGCGAAGAAGAAUUGAAUUUUUUCAAAUUUUCAUCCAUUGUUCUGGACGAAGUUCCAACGAUGUUACGUCAGACAUUUAUAACAAUGUGGGACAACAAGAUUUCUACCUUGCCAGGUUACCAAGUAUGGGAUGAUUCUGCUAUGGUCCGCAAUCUCCUCCUGACAAGAGAAGGCGGAAAGGCUGAUAUACCAACCAAUAAGUCGAUUAAUGAAUGGGAUUGUACAGCUCUGUUUAAAGCUACCAUUUACUCCAACACUUUUGGCCUCACCACGUGUAAGUCUACAAAGACACUUUGUCAACAGUACCUUAAAGGAAAGAAACCUAGUCCUUUCCAUUCUUCAGUGAUUAGUCUAAGUGGAAAUCCAGAUGAAACUGUAACUUUAGCAAUCGAUCAACUUCGUUUGCUCAGAAACACUUUAUGUCACAUACCUAAGCCAAAAAUUAGUAAAGUUGAUUUUAAUUAUUAUAUUCAGCUAGCUAAGGAUGCUUUUACAGCAACAGGCGUCCCAGUAGUUCGUAUCGAUGACAUUGGUUGCCUUAAAGAAGAAGACUUUCCAACUGCUAAAGUUAACGAUUUAAUUGACGGAAUGAAGACCGAGUUACAAGAAACCAACAAGUUUCUUCAACAAGAAGUCAUGGAGGAAAUAUCUGGUUUCAAAUAUGCUCAAGCAACAUUUCUUCAGGAUAUUGAUGAAAAGUUAGAAGACGUGAAAAUGGAUAUUAUUGAUCAAGCUUCCAAAAAUGGUAAUUGUACAAAAUUUAUGUUUUAGCUGAUUUAAUGACAUACAACAAUGCCAACUGUUUGUUUCAAUCAAAUUGGAAUUACCGUGAGAAUAUACUAAUGUGAAUCCUUUGAGUCUUAAUUUAAUGCUUUUUUGAAAUUUAUUUUGAAACUAAUGCCAGUAAUUUAAGUAAUUUAAGUAACUGACGUGAUUUACAUAUUGCGUAUUAUUACUAAACGGUUCGUGUCACGUUAGCAACGUAUACAGCUAUUUCAAUUAAGGUUGUCCCCCGAGCAAAGCGGAAAAGUCGAAUACGAGCGCGAAAGGCUGCUGGGAAUCGCUAAUAAAUUCAUUAAUUUAUUAGCGAUUUCCAGCAGCCUUUCGCGCUCGUAUUCGACUUUUCCGCUUUGCUUGGGGGACAACCUUAAUUGAAAUAGCUGUAUGCACACUUAUUACAAAAGCGACUAAUACAACACCUAGAAGGCAAAAAGUGUCAAGAUCGAAAUCUUAUCCCUGCAUAUUAUAUUCUGAGACGUGAUUUCCCAAUUCUUUGUUUAGACUUCAAUCACCUGACACAGGAGAAAAAAUUGAAUUUCCAUGAAUGGAUUUUUGAAUGUAAAAACUCUUACCAUUAUUGGUUAUUAUAAAUUUCCCAUAUGGUAAAUAGGUAAAAACCAUAAUGUUUAAUACUUGCUAUGAAAAUACCAUUAAAGAUAAUAUUAAAAAGCAAGGUUUUUACUAAUUUAGCAUAUGGGAAAUCUAUAUUAACCAAUCAUGUUAAGAGUUUAGUUUUUACAAUAAUAGUAUACAUGGUAAAUUUCUAAAAACAUUCACAAACCAUUAAUGGAAAUUUAGAAUUUUUUCCUGUAUGAUUAGUUAUUUUUAUCACGUGAUCGCUCAAAAUUUCUAUUUCUUUUGUAAAAACACAUGCAGUGUUUUUCCAACUCACGCUACUAACUUCCAGACAAAGGGCGACAAAAUUUCAUCCUAUAUCCAAGCUCGUCAGAGUAGAAAUUUUAAUCAUUACCAAAUGAAAUGCGUUUCCUUUUUGUCUAUUGUGGCAAUUUUUAUGUGUAUUUCUUCUCCUUUUGUCACGAAUACAUCAAUAAUUUAUAUACAUGUAUAAAAAUCCCACUCGAAAGUUCAAUCUAAAAAUCCCUUCAAUAAUACAAUACUCAGCCAUUCUCCAUCGGGGAUCAGUUUUCGGUGAUAGAUUACAUCAAGUAUUUGUGUAUUAUGCUUACUUAUAUUACUUAUUUAUCUUUGCAACAAUGAGCCAUAUGCAAGUUUCCGUCCAAUUUCCAGGAUUUUCAGUUACAAUACUGAAGUUUUAUAUGUUGUUUAUAUCAUUAUUACAAGUGUGUAUCAAAAAUUUUGAAUCAAUAAGAUUAAUUCCUGCUGAGUUACCGCGUCUUGAAAAAUAAAGUGCUGACGUCAGCACUUCAUAUCGGACAUAAACAAGAAUUUAAGCAUUUUGGCUCAAACUCGACUUUAUUCUAGCAUUUGAUUUUUGGAUAAGUGCUUGGUGGAAUAAUUUUGGACAUUUUAUACGCUACCAAGCAUUUAUCCAAAAAUCAAAUGCUAAAAUAAAAGCGAGUUUGGGCCAGAAUGUUUAGAUUCUUGUUUAUAUCAGGUAAGAAGUCCCGUCUUAGCCUUAACCAAGAUUUUUAACUAUAUUUUGUGUAUAACACAUUUUCUGAAGGCGUUCGAAAAUAAUGCUGAUGUCUGCACUUUUAUUUUCCAAGACGCUGUAACUCAGGAUGAAUUAAUCCUAGUGAUUCAAACAUUUUGGUACACACUCGUAAUAAUGAUAUAAACAACAUAUGAAACGUCCAGUAUUGUAACUGAAAUUCCUGGAAAUUGGACGGAAACCUGCAUAAGGCCCGUUGUGAUACUACUUUCCUAACUAUGUUUAUCCCAACCCACCCUGUAAAAUUUACCUGGUGGAAGAAACUGGAGCGCCCAAAGAAAAUCCACGACUUGCGGCAGGUGUUGACAGACUCUUCACAUGAGUCCGUAACUAGAAUCGAACCCACGAUCUCAGAAGUGAAAGGCGCUUACUGUGACGACUGCUCCACCGAAUAUGUAUUUUUUAUGUAUAUGUAUGCCAUUUUCCAUAUUGCUCACCAAGGGAAUCGGUAAAGUGGUCUAACAUAGUGUUUUGAUAUUUUAUUUACUAGCAAAUUUUCAAACGAUUCCUGAUUCGUGUGUUCCACCAUUAGUUCCUGACUUUGUUGGUCGGAAUGAGGAAUGCCAAGCUGUGGGUAAAUCUAUGAUGUCACAGUCAACGCGGUUAUUCAGUAUAUGGGGCUCACCAGGAUUUGGCAAAACGUCAACGGCCAUUGCCACUGGAAACCAAUUAAAGAGUCAAGGGGAGUCUGUUUAUUACUUCUCAUUCCGUGGUGUAAAUACUAUGAAAGAAUUCACCUCGAAAUUACUUAGCUUAUUCGGACGUUCAACUGAGUUGAAUCGCAAUGUGAAUAUAACCCCUGCUGAUGAGCUUCUUCGCGCCUUUCGAAGUAUUAAUACCCGCGUUUUUGUCAUUCUGGAUAAUAUUGAUGAUCUUUUAACAUCUAGUGACAAAAAGGAGGCGGUGAUAAAUUUCACAACCGACGUUCUACACCGUUGUCCGAACGUAUGCUUUUUGACCACCACAAGAGAAUCCCUAGAAUUUAUUUCUUUACGAUUGCAAGGAUUCGAUUCUUUACGGUUAAAACCUUUGGACGCACAAUCUUCAGAAACUUUGAUUCUGAAAUUCCUACCACUAUCAACAGCAGUAGACAUACAAAGCCAAAUAUCAAAGAUGUGUGGACAUGUCCCAUUAGCUAUACGACUACUUUGUACCCUUAUCAAAGAUUGUCCGCGGGAGUUUCUGGAUGAAAUUAGUCACGGUUCUGAAGGUUUGCUGGAUGUCAUAGAUGAUCCUGAUUAUUUAUCUCACGAUGCUAGAUUAAAACAACUCAUCCAAGUCUCAUUUGAUAAACUUUCUACCGUUGAGAAAGAAGCAUUUGUUUGUCUUUCUGUGUUUGAUGGUGCUGAAUUUGGGCUGGAUGCUGGUAUUGCCAUAAUUGGAGGAGGUAAACUUCAGGCAAAGCGGAAUAUAGAAAAUCUCAAAAGGAAAUCGCUGAUUGAUGUCAAUGGUGACCGUGAAAUGUACACAGUUCAUCCUCUAAUUCAGUCGUUUGCUUUAGAGAAAGGAGAAAAGGAAAUGAAAGAUGUGCUGGUGUCAUCGAAGGCUCGGUUCGUUGAGUAUUACAUAGAAUUAUUUCAUCACCUUAACUCGCGUUUCACAAAAGGUGAUUCCAUGAUCGCGUUUAAAACAUUCUUUGUGGAAGAACAGAGGAUUUUAUCCAGUCUUACUAAUGGCUUGAAUGAUGACGUAUUACUUCAAAAGGUUGUUGAUGUUUUACAAAAAUGUGAGUUUUUCUUGGAUAGUCUUUACCCAAAUAGCUUGUGGAAAUUGAACUUUUAUACGAGUCGGCUCUGUCCAAGGUAUCUGACGGUAACUUCGAUAGAGAUAUUGCGGGACUGUAUACAAGCAAACAAUUCUAUGCAACAACUUUUGUUAGCAGAACAAUUUCUGUGUUACCCCCAGAAGACGAUGAAACAAGCAGGAAAAUUUCGCUUUUGCCUAUUUCUGUUCAAGGGAAGCUUCUGUGUUAUAAGGGCAUUUACGAAUUGUCUAAUGGGGGUGGGGAAACUGCUGCCCAAAGCAUUGAAGAUGGUUUGCUUCAAUUAAGUAACGAUUCAGAACAUGUCAUUCUCAAGAUUUUGGCCUUUCAUUUUUUGACCAUCUAUUACAAGUGUACUGGCAAUUCUGUAAGGUGUGAACAGUAUCGUGCAAAGGCAGUUGAAACUUGUACAGUAAAUUCAGCAUUUCUGUUGCUACCUCUUUUUGGAAAGCCCUGGAUAAACGGAGAAGAGCUCGAUGCUACUUUUUCCAGUAAUCAACCAUUAAUAGCUUGGGCGAUAGCACGACUUUGCCUAUGGACAAGAAAUUAUCCUUGGGCAGAUUUGGACACAGAAUUGGGCAAUAUGUUAGAUGAGUUUUCAAAGCAAAUCAGUAGAUUAUCUAUACUGGUUUGGACGGCAGAAGUAUGCACUUUGCUCCAGUUAUGUGACAUGGCGUACAUUCAUCUUCGUAUUUCGGGUAACUCGUCAGAUGUUGAGACAACCAUUAAAGGUAUACAAAAGGAUGUAGAAAAUAUGGAAGACGAACGAUAUAAAAAUGCCAAAGAUGUGGACGAGACUCAGGAACGGCUACUGUCGCUUCAUGAGAGACUAGCAGCAUAUUACCACACUAUUGCUGUGCAGCGAUUUGGAAAAGGAGAAUCAGUGCUUGAAUUCUUCCUGAAAGAACUUGAAAUUCGGCAACAACUUCCACUGGAUGGAAAACUAGCGGAAUGCUACAGAUGUGUUGGAAGAGAGCAAAAUUCAAGACAACAAUACAGAUCGGCUCUAGAAUCGUAUAAAUGUGCUCUGCAAACUUUACAAGCGCUUCACGGUGAGAUACACGCAGAAGUUGCCACUUCAUACUAUAACAUUGGAGUUGUACAAGAUAACAUUGGAGACAGUGAAUCAUCCCUCCAGUCUUACUUUUGUGCUUUGAAAAUUAGUUUAGGACUUUAUAGUGGCCAUCAUCCGCAUGCGUUAAUGAUACAAGAGCGAAUAAAUCGCCACCCAUUUUGCCUUUUGCCACGUGACAAAGAGGAACAUUGUGGAGAAAAUACAACCCAUAUGAAUGACGUGGCACCAACAAAAUGUUCGUCGGCUUUAAAAGGCAAGACAUUUACACCUACGAAUGCUUUAUCCUAUCACAAGCAAAAUACGGAAAUAAAUCCAGAAUCCGAGUUAUACCGAGUUCUCGGAGGAAAUGGACAGCACAGUGAAACUGUCCAAUGUUGUUUUUUCGGCUAA